CCGGAAUCUACUGUUGGUCCUGGGGUCGUCUGUGCAUACAAGAGAGGAGAUGGAUUCCGAAUUCUUCGCUCCUUGAGAUCUGCUUCGCGAUUCGGAAUCUGGUUUUGAAGAGUGUUGGUGUUUGCAGACUGAAGUAUCACGGGAAGCACUUGAUCCGACCGCGCCGCUUGCCUUAGCAACUUUGGAAUCCAACCACGCCGAAUUUUGAGAAGAGGGGAAUUAGAAAAGUUUCUCGGAUGCCCGAGGGGCCGAGAGGACUCGGAAGUUCUCAAAAUGCCCGAUCCCUUCCGUCCCGAAGCAGCGGCCGUGUCGAAGACAACCAAGUCCAAAGACCCGUUUACCUCCUCCACCAGGACCUUCAAAUACACACCCAUCAACACGCCUACAUCCGUCCCUCUCGCACCUCCCCCUGCAAUCCCAUGGAAUCCACGCUCUCUCAACUCCGCAGACGAUGAAGCCCUCGUCCGCGAUAACUUCCCUUCCCCCUACGAUCCCAAGUACUACGAGAGUGGAGAGAGGCAGAUUACAGGAAAGGACAAAGCGAAGAUGGGGGGGAAGUUCGUAGUACUUAUUGUCGUAGUCGUGCUGACAAUACUUGGGGUGGGGGCGGGUGUGGGUUUUACGAUUAAAGCUAGGGCGUAGGAGUGGGGGUGUUUUAAGUUGCGGCUGUUGUUGUCGCAGCUGUUGAUGCCAUCCGGGCCUAUGGUAAGAAUAAAAAGGGGAUAGUGCAGGGAAGGACUCGACAGUAUGCCUGUACCUUUGGCGUUGGGGAAUGGGAAUGGGACUGCUGUUAGAGAUGUUGUCUCGGAGAAACUGAAUUCAACAAAUCGGCAUGUAUUAGGGUUUAGAGCCAGGUAUCAAUGAUGACAAUCAAUG